GAGGGGGAACGAAGGGAAGGAGGGAAGGAUGUCGUCAUGAGAGCAGUGAAUGUAGUGUGAACUGCGUUUGUUAUUGUUUUGAUUUAUUGUGACUGGCCAUGUCGGGGUACAAAAGGGUGAAUUAUUACGAAUUGUGCCGGUUGUGCACAACUACCGAAGGAACUAAAAUGCACAUCUUUCGGGAGGAGGGCCGCAGACGGCAGCUUGUCAACAAAAUUCCUCUAUGUCUCCCCCUUCAGGUAGCAGAGGAUGACUCCUUGCCGAAGAUUGUGUGUUCCAGCUGUGUUGAAAAGCUGGAGAACCUCUUUGAGUUCCGAGAAGCUUGUGUGAAUGCUGAAGCUAUGCUGGAAAGUUACUUCUCUACUAUUAGAGCAGAAGACCAUAAAGAAGGGCAGGCAGCUAUGGUAUAUGUACGUGAAAAUUAUCCCGCCAAAGAAAUAUCACCAAGUAAACCUGAAAUUAUUACACCAACAACAGGAAAAGUGCCAGGUCCAACUCUUGUCUUACCUGUUGGUGCUGAUGGUCUUUCCAAUCUCAUCCACGCAGCAGGAAUACAAAUACUUUCUGAUACAGAAUCGGCUCGUCUGCAACCUAUACUGGGCACAUCUGCCACACCUGUCUUAGAAGCUAGUGAUGGUACUAGGUAUACUUACUUAAAUAAUGCUGUGUCUUCUUCAGAAAUAUCACUAGAAAAGAUUGACACCAAACCUGAAGUAGUUACAUCUGAUAGAAGCAGUGAUGGUCCUCAACAAUCUCAACAUGCUCCUCAGGCUCACAUGCAGCCCCAAACUAUAACUUUUGCUGGACAAGAAUUGAUGGUUCAUUUUAAUAUAAAAGAUACUGACCCAACUAACCCACAACUUCAAAGGGCAUCAAUUGCUCAAUUAGGUGAAUUUUUAAAAAUGAAUUUAGUGGAUGGUGCUACUGUGGUCAAAGACCCUGCUGUACCAGGUGGAUUACGCAUUGUUGGCUUACAACAGAACAUAAUACCUGCCCAACCACCGCACGAUGAGCAGCAUCAUGAACAAGAGCAAAAUCAACAACUACAUCAUCAACAAAUCCAACAGCUCUUUCAAAAUCAAUCCCUUCAGCAGCAAGAAAUGGAACAGCAGCUAAAACAACAGCAGCAGCAGCAAAGACAGCAGCAGCAGCAACAACAACAGCAGCAACAGCGGCAGCAGCAACAGCAGCAGCAGCAGCAGCAACAACAACAACAGCAGCAACAAAGGCAGCAGCAACAACAACAGCAGCAACAACAACAGCAGCAACAGCAGCAACAGCAGCAACAGCAGCAACAGCAGCAACAGCAGCAACAGCAGCAACAGCAGCAACAGCAGCAGCAGCAGCAGCAGUUACAACGGCUGCAACUCCAACAAAAAGUAGACCAGACUCUGACUCCGCAAAAGAAAAAAAGGAAGCGAGACACAGCUAAAUUUGAAGCUCACCAGCAGCAGUCUCAAAACCAGCAACAACAAGACCAACACAUCCAACAGCAGCAACAACAACAACUUCAACAGCAGCAACAACUUCAACAACACCAGCAACAAAUACAACAACAGCAGCUACAUCAGCAGCAGCAACAACUGCAGGAACAGCACCGACAACAGCAGCUUCAACUUCAAAAUGAUCAUAAAAUUAACCAAUCUGAGUUUACAUCUCCAAUAUUACAGUUUGGUAGUGAAAUUGAACCUGAAGAGGAUUUACAUGAUGACAUGAGGGAUGAUGUUUCAUCUCAAGGAGAUAAAGACAGGCAGGACUCAAUGUGCUCAUCAAUAGAGGCUGUUGUGAGUGGGGCCGGAGGCGAAGACCUGGAUGGGAAAAGUCUUUAUUCCUGUGAUGAGUGUCCAAAGCUGUUUAAGAGGAAAGAACAUCUGUUUCAACAUCAGAAACUACACUCAGGUGAAAGACCCUAUGUAUGUCAGUUCUGUGACAAGACAUUUGUUCGAAAGGAACAUCUCCUGCGACAUUCUGUGAGUCAUUCUGGUGAAAAACAAUUUCCAUGUGAGCAGUGUGGUAAAAACUUUAGUCGGAAGGAUAACUUACAUAAACAUCGUAAAACUCAUGCAACUGAGGGACCGUUUAACUGCCAAACUUGUGGUAAAUCUUUCAUUGUAAAACACUACUAUACAAUGCAUAUGGCUUGCCAUGGAAUUGCUGUAGAAGGUGACAGUGGAGGAAUAGCUAUGGACCCUUUAGACUUCCCGUUUAAAUGCGAUGUGUGUGGUAAAGGGUUUCCCACCAAGGCUUUCUGUGAUUCGCAUAGGCUGAGACACCGAAAAGUAAUCAGGAGAAAUCGUAGUGAAAAGGAUGACAGAAGUGAUUCCAGUGAUGCAAAUAUUGAGGACAGAGAUGAAAAUCUCAACCAAUGUGUGGGAGAGGAGGAAGAGGAAGAUCCUUUAGGACAGUUACAUGUUAAUGGGCACUCGCAACCUCAAAAUGAACCUCAUCAUUCUGAUAUUCAGCAAUGUCAAGAGCUAGGGCAAAUAUUAGACAGAAAUAAUCUAAUGCCAGUGACUAUACAAGCUAGUGUUCCAACAACCAACGGUGUAAACAAUCUUCUCCCACAUAUCAUUCAGCAAAUAGUUCCAUCAUCAUCUCCUGCUGUCAUUCAACUUCAGUCGUCAGCCAAUGGAACUACCUACAUAUGUUCUCCAGAAAUCCUUGAAACAUAUCGACGUUUACAAUCAUCAUGAGAGUGGAUGAAAUUAGUUCACAAUUGCAUUGUAUUGACUUAACAAAGACAUAAAUAAUGAAAUUAAGUAUUAAUUUUUUCAGUUGUGGGGUUUGUGGUUAAACAAGCUUUAAGAGUAUACCUGCAGAUGUGCGUUCUUUUAACAUACGUACUGGAUAUUACGUACUGGUAAUCAAUAAUGGCAAUAAUUCUUAUAAAUGCUGUGUGUAAGCUGUUUCUAAUCAUUCGCUCCCCCGGUUAAUGUGCAAUUAUUAUUGUGUCUUUCUGUUUCAAGUCUCAUUCCUCCAAACUUCUACAAAGUGUAAGAAUGUGCUUGGUUUCUUUUUUAAAUAUUUUCCGCCACAUUCCUGUUGCCUAUUCUUUGCUACCAUCCAUCCAUUCAUGUAAUGAAAUGCCAUCAGUGUUACCUGUGUAAAUUCUAACUUUUUCUUUUAUUACAGAGGCGUUGUUGGUGAUUGUUGAAUCAUUAAUAACUCUCUGCGUGCAACUGUGUUUAAAAGUGUUUACAGUUCAGAUCUUAAUCACUGUUGCUUGUUUUCGUUGUUUUUUAAAAAAAAAAUAUUGUAUCAGUUUGCAUUAACUCAAAGGUUAAACAAUCAAAAAUAAUUUUACUGACUAACCGUGAAUAUUGUCUUUGAAAUUUUUUAUUUUAUCCAUAUUUUGUUAUGUUAUUUUAUUUUAUAAUUGUUUUUAUCAAAUGACAAUCAAUUGCCUAACCAAAAAUGACUGACUGAAUUAAAUGUAUUUUCUUCAAGAAUGAAAUUCUUUGGAGUAGUGUCAUUUUAUGGAACAUGUUUUGAGUACAUCUCAGUGUAAAUUGUAUAGCUAUAUAUUUAGUUCUUAUUCUUGACCAAAGUUUGUGUCAGCCCUUUAUCAUUUACACAUUUUCUGGGGGGAAAUGUGUAAUUUAAUUGUAUUGCAUGUUACCAAAGAGGGGAGGUUUACACUAUACUACCAAGAGAUUCAGCAUCUACUUUAGUGGUUGAUGAAACUUUCACUCUUUUCAUCUGUUUGCAACUAAACAAACUACGGUAUUUAAUUUAAAGGGUUCCAGUCUUUUAUUUCAGUCCUUGUUUGUGUGCUCGAGUUUUUCCUUCACUUCCUUCUUUUUUUUGUUGCAUGAAUAUGUAUGAUUGGAUCUCAAUUUUGAAUAGGACAAAUCUUUCUACAUUUGGUACUUUUCAUUAUUCAUUGUCUACUCAAUGCAUUUUGAAAAUUUUUGGUCAAAAAUGUAAAAAUGUCUUAACUUGUUUCAUUUUUUGUCUUGUGUUGCACCCAAUGAUUGUUCCUUGAAGUAAGUUUUUCAAAUUCUGAUUUGAACUACUCUUUAUGAUGUCUCAAGUACCUGUUUGGUUUUCUUUUAUUGCUGUGUUUUUAUUUUCACAUUUUUUUAUUGUAUUUGUCACAAUGUCUACAUAUACUGUCCAACAGAAUAUUUAAUUAAACACUAACUUAAUUUUUCUACUUAUGAGUACUAUAGAUUUUGUGUAAAUACAAUAAAGAAUAUAAAGAUCCA